AUGCCUCAGCAAGAGUUCAUGGAGCUCCACCGAAAACGCUUCGGUAAGCGUUUAGAUGAGGAGGAGCGAGAGCGCAAGAAAGAGGCCAAAGAAGGAGUAAGAGUUUCUGUUCUUUCGAGAACUCUACGUGGUAUUAAAGCUAAAAUCUUCCAUAAGGACAGAUAUAAACAGAAAGCAGAAAUGAAGAAGACAAUCAAUACAUUCGAGAAAUCUAAGGUUGCUGAUACAAAGAAGAAGGCUAUUGGUGAUGAACCACUUCCAGUAUAUCUUAUGGACCAGAAUGUUACGAGAACAGCAGAUGUUUUAAGCAACUCAUUGAAACAGAAAAGGAAAGAGCGUGCUGGCAAGUGGGAUGUUCCUCUUCCACAAGUUAGACCUAUCGCAGAAGAUGAAAUGCUUCGUGUUCUCAAGACUGGUAAGACAGGUCGUAAGAAAUGGAAACGUUUGGUUAACAAGGUAUGCUACGUUGGUGAAGAUUUCACUAGAAAACCACCUAAACUCGAAAGAUACGUUCGCCCAGUUGGUCUUCGUUUCAAACAGGCCAACGUCACACAUCCACAACUCGGACAGACAUUCUUAUGCCCAAUUAUUGGCGUUAAGAAGAAUCCUAAUGGUCAAACUUAUACAGGUCUUGGUGUUAUUACUAAAGGUACAAUCAUUGAGGUUAAUGUCUCAAAGAUGGGCCUUGUUACUCCAACUGGCCGUAUUGUAUGGGCUAAAUAUGCUCAGGUUACAAAUGCCCCUGAAAAUGAAGGUUGUAUCAACUCAGUCUUGCUGAUAUAG